GAAUCAUACCAACUUUAUUAUACACACGCAAACAGUAUGAGCGAAUACUAUAGGACACCAGUAUAUAAAGUACGAAACAUAAACAACUAUCACUAGCUUCAAAUUGAAGAAUUCUUGGUAAUGGCAGCUAUAAAAUUGACGUAGUUUAGAUUUUGUUUUCGGAAUUACGGCGUGUUUACAAUAAGCGUUGAUCUCGAAAGAUGGCAUGUUUACAACAAGCGUUGAUUUCGGAAGAUAAGACGUAUUUGAAUAGAAAUAUGUCUCUUCUGUGCAUUAUACGGGUUCUGGGACUACCUUGACGUUACUUUUGACUUAUAAAAUGUUCUUCAUCUCAUUUUGCACCUUGGCAACAAAAUGUCAUUGAUAUCGUUUCUGAGACACAUAUAUGGCAAGUGAUAAAUCAGAUACGUGUGGACACACUUGUCUGCACAAAUCUUAGUCAGUGACGUCAGUUUAAUAUGAUUUUAUUUAUACUUUUAAACGCUCAAAUGAAACGCUUUUAAAUCAGACUCGCACAGAAUAGUGCAACAGCUUCGUACACCUAACGGUAUUUUGAUCUGUUCUGUUGAACCGCGGCGUUCCUAGCUAGCUUGAAAUGCUGCUAGUGUUUUGUAGCAAGUAAGACCCAGGUAGCUAGACUAUGACUGUGCGCAUGAGUAGUAUAUUCAUCCUUGACAGUUGUCUUGGCGACUAAGGACACGCUACAAUGAUUUCUCCGAGCCGUGAGUGCGCUCAGUCUUCAGAUAUAUAUAUUGAUCACAUGUGUCGUAUAGCAGGGGAUUGGUGCCUAUUGGCGGCCCACUCGCCCACCGCAAAUGAGCGUGUGAUGGCCAGCUGAUCAGUCUAGAAGACUGAGUUGAGUGUGGACUGUGGUUAGAAAGAAGGCUGAGGUUAGUAGUAGUAGCAAUCAGAUGUUAUCAGAGACCUGACUGAUAUGUGAAUAUUACGAAAGUGUGUAUCUUCGACAAUUUUCGUGGAGUAGCCUGGUUAUCUAAUAACAUUAUUCCACUGGUCCACAAUGCCACUGCACCUCAUUGCCCUAAGUCAUGACCGAAGUUUUCGCUAUGAACAUUACUACAACAAGCAGUAUAUACCACGUCAACGACAGCUUGAUAUUUAAACUACAGCCAGCCAGUGUUAAAGUGUCUGUUAUACAAAUUGUCAUCAUUGUGAUAGCUGUCGUUUUGAUGCUGGGACUCAUUACAUGCAUCAUCAGUCACUACAAGAUGGGGUUAUGGUCCUGGCGAGAAGGAUGGGGAAGACCAUCUUUUAACCCUUCAGAGCCACAGAGUCUUCUACAAGUAAAUCCUUCACAGAACUUGCCUUCAUUAGAACAUAACUAUACACCAGCUCCACAUUCCUCAAUCCUGUAUAGUUCUGAUAAUGUAGAGGAACAUCAAAGAAGAGAGGUUUUCUCCCAACAUGAUCGACAAAUUAGACAGCAGGCAAUGCAGAUGGACAUUACCUUAGGUUUACCAGCCACAAUAACUUUACCAGAUGGUGAAGAAUUCCCGUAUAAUAGUUUAAAGUCUAUCCAUUUGCAGGAUUACUGUCAAGACAAUGAAAUUCUUAGAACUUGGAUAAAACCACCUCCAAAUAGAACAGUAUUUGAAGAAGAGAGUCCUCCUCACUAUCAGUCAAACUCUUUUAUUCUUUUAUCAAAGCCAGCAGUCUUGCAGAAUUCAAAUAUUACUCCCCUAGUCAUACAUUCAAACAGAAUUAGUCUAGAUUUUAAUGCUUGUUUUCCCAAUAAUCAGUGUAGUUAUGUACAAGAACCUUGUAAUUCCAUGCUCCAUUCUAAUGUUAGGAUACCUAACAUGAUGGCCACCAGAGAUACCACAGGUGGUAGUUCAGACAGUAGAGAUAUAUCUAGUAAGACACAGUCUUUCUUUACUGCAUCAGAUCCACCUCCCUUCUACAGUGACCUCACUAUCAGUCAAAACCAAGACCUUUCUAGUGAUACCACCAUCAGUAAAGUCUGACCUCUUGUCAAGUUGAGUAAACAGGAAGUAUUUCUGUGGAAGAAAUGUGAUAUGUAGCCUUUGUCACCACAUAAGGAGGGUGAUGUCACAUACAAACAAAGAAGAGCCACUCCUGGAGGACCAGAAUCAGAGCUAUCUGUAAUGAUAGCUGCUGAUAACCCAGUGUAAGAGUGCCUCAGAUAAAGUUGUGAUUAUCUUUGAUUAUUCACAUGUAAACAGUUUUGCUUUUUUUUUCUGUGCUACUUGCUCUCAACAUCCAAUGUAUUGUAAUGUCAGAGACAUUAAUGGUUAUUGAUACAUGGUGUGUGUUUUUUUUCUUUCAAAGAAGUAAAUGAAUAGAUGAAAUUUACAUUCUACAGCUUCAUUUUCCAACAUACUUCAUAUUUUUUGACUUCUGGUGUCCAAGACACUGAUUUGUAAAUUGUGUAAUUUCAGUUAUAAGAGUAAAUGUAGAUACAUAUGAAAGAGUAACUAUAUAUGUGAAUGUUAGGAAAUUUAAAAAGUGACUUCUGUCAUGAUCAGAAGCAUGGACUAUAAGGAAAUGUACAAAGACCUGCAUUAUUCAGAGUUACUGCAGGAAAUGGUGCUAUACAUGGUUAAAGAAUAUAUUAGUUUACUUGAGAAAGAAGGGCUUAGACCAGACAGAAUUGGGUGCAUGGUACAGAAUAUUCUUGUUAUUAUAAAAUUUAUGAUAAUUUUUAAGCAAAGUGCCCUUUUCAAGCUUUUAUCUUCUUGCGUGUAGGCCUUCAAGUGAUUUUUUUUUCGUUCCACAUUUCCGGUUUAGAAGUAUUGUGUAUUAUUUUCUAAUAUUACAGUUUUUCUCAAAGAAAGACAAGUA